CUCCGUCCCAGAAAACUUUUUUCCUUUCUUUUUUCUUCCGUCCCAAAAAACACUUCUUAUUUCUAUUAAAAAGUCACUUUUACACCUUACUUUUUCAUACCCUAACUAUCACAUUAUACCUUUUUACUAAUAAUCUAUCCAUCAAAUCAUACUUUUACCAUCACAUCAAAGGACAUUUUUGGAAAUUCAAUACCAAAAUACACUCUUAUUAAAUCCCUCUACAAAACCAAAACUACCAUGUUUUCCGGGGACGGAGGGAGUUUUAAAAGAAAUCACCUAAAUAGAAGUGAAAUAUUUGUGAGAGUGAGCAAUGAGCUAGGGGCAGGGCAUCCCAAAUCGGCCUCAUUCUCCGUGCUAGUGGUGACGCUGAGCUCUUUCCUGAUUGCGGCGGCGUGCGGGGUUCUGGUGGUGGUCCUCCGCCACCGGCUCAGCUUCGUCUUCACCGGCGGCCAGAGGAUCGCCGACGCCGUCUCGGACCUAUCCCCUCUCUUGGCCGUCUCCAUUGUUCUCAACGGCAUUCAGCCCGUGCUUUCCGGGGUGGCGGUUGGGUGUGGGUGGCAGGCAUUUGUGGCCUACGUUAACGUGGGGUGCUACUAUGUUGUCGGCAUCCCUGUCGGUGCUCUUCUUGGUUUCAAAUUCCAAUAUGGUGCUAAGGGAAUUUGGCUUGGAAUGCUUGGAGGAACAGCCAUGCAAACCCUAAUCUUGUUGUGGGUCACUUUUCGCACCGAUUGGGAUAAAGAGGUUGAAGCAGCUCAAAGCCGGUUGAAAAAGUGGCAACGUAAUGGGGAAAUUGCUGAUGAAUAAUUGAGACAAAAACUUCUGCGAUUUCUAGUAUAUGGUUUGCCAGUUUGGUAAAAAAAGAAAUGUCUUCCAUCCCUUUGCGUUUGAUUUUUUUCGUUCAGAUUACGGUAUAUAG